UUCUGGAUUACAUAUAUCAAGAGCACCACCGUCCCCUUCUUCCUGCUCCUUCCUUAGUUUUCCGAGUCACUUUGGACCAGCUUGUCCGAGGAAGGGACGAGGGCUCUUCGGAGACUUGUUUGCUCCCGGGCACCACCCGGCGGUGGCCAGUUCGAGCUCGCCCCUCCUUUCACCUGCCUCCUGCAGCCUUCCAAACCUCCUCCUCCUUCUUCCUCGAAAUAAAAGCUUCAGUUACCGGCCUCUUGCUGUUUCUGUCUCCAGCCUGCCCAGGUGUGCUGUGCUUUAGAUACAAAGAGGGGGGUGCUAAAGCGUCGGACAAGAAGACUGCGCGUAUAUAGACACAUUGUGCCGCUGUGCCCUGUCCGAAAGGGAAGUGCUGGACGGAGCAGCGAGGAGGAAGAAGCUGAAGAUUUUUGCUGUGCUCAGAGAGAUCCUCCGGCUCUCCAGUUGGCUAGCUGGGCUGCAACCUCAGGAGCGCUCGGUCUUCUGAGCGCCCGGGGUGGAGCAGUCUGGCCCCAGGCUAUGUGCUCAGAGCUCCCAAGGGCUGGCGGCAUUCAGGAUUCCAUCGGCAGAAUUCCCUUUCCCUUCGUGAGAAGGGAUACUUCUGCGAUGUCCCCAGCUACUGCUUCUGAACCUGGUGGGGAUGUGAACGGAAGGUGCAUCAGCAAAAUCAUUUUUUUCCUUUUUGUGUUUGGAGUCGUCUUACUAUGUGCAGGAAUCUUGCUUUCCAUCUUUGGUUUCCAAACCUGCCAGUACGAAACCCUGACUGACUGCAGCACAGUCCUGAAAAUCGUGGGGCCUUCAUGCGCUGUGAUUGGACUUGGAGCAAUCAUAUUGGCCCGCUCCAGGGCAAAACUUCAGCUCAGAGAGAGGCAGCUGCAAGGUAACCAGGUUGACCCGGACAGCUUCUUUAUUUGCGGAGAAAGUCGUCAGUUUGCCCAGUUCCUCAUCUUUGGAUUCUUGUUUUUAACCAGCGGGAUGCUGAUUAGUGUGCUGGGCAUUUGGGUCCCUGGAUGUAACUCAGGAUGGCCUCAGCCACCUUUUAAUGACACAGACGCUUCCAGUGCCAAGACACAGGCGUGUGGGUUUCUGUCUCUCCAGAUAAUGGGGCCUUUGAUAGUGCUCAUUGGAUUAUGUUUCUUUGUGGUAGCACACCUUAAGAAAAGACACAACUUGAGCUCUAGCCAAGACUCCUCAGAAAAUGAAGAAAGGCAGUCACAGAACAAUGAGCCUGUACAAGUCACUGUAGGUGAUGCUGUGAUAAUCUUUCCGCCCCCACCUCCACCUUAUUUUUCGAAUGUUUCAACAUCUACAGUGACAACACAUGACUCAGCAUCUAACAGUUUGCCUCUGAGUGAGAACCCACCAUCGUAUUACAGUAUUUUUAAUUAUAGGACCCAAGUUCCUGAGGUUCAAGGAGCAGUCUCUUAUAGAGAUCCUGAAUCUAUAUAUACAAUUUCUGGAAUGAAUUUAUCUUCAGAGAUAUCACCUGCUUCACAUAUUUCAUCUGAAUUACCUCCCAGAUAUGAAGAAAAAGAAACUGUGAAUGUUGACCAUCCCACCUCUUCUACUUCCUCUUCUUCCACUUCUCAACCUUCUCCACCAUGAACUAUGAACUGAGUUCACUCUCCUAAGUUCUUGUUUAUGUCUGA